UUGAGUUUGAAUCAAAUACUGGUGGUUAAAGCUGAGUGAAAGAAAUCGACUCAGGCUCUUAUCGCGUAAAGCAUGUAAAACUAAGGAAAGCCGCACUAUUGAAACUGCCAUAAAUCUUUAAACGAAUCAAAGGGUUUUCAACAGUGAGGAACCUUCAUUCAAUCUUUUUCUCGUUUCUUUUCUUUUCUUUUCUUUUCUUUUCUUUUUUUUUUUUUUUAUUUCGCUUUCUAAUCUGAACAGCUUGCUUCCACCAUUCUCCUCAGUGGAAAGGAUGGUCCAGCCAGCAUCCUUCGCGCAUGCGUGAAACGGCCGCGCACCCUAUUCCUAGUGUCGAGCACCACGAUCGCUGCUGAGCAAUCCGGCUAUGUGUCUUCGACUGUCAGUGUCUCCGCGGUUUCUAUGAACUUAAGUUUGGGACCAGAGCACAGAUACCGGCGCCAUAGCACAACCUGGAGUGAUGUGAUCAUUGCAAGACUCACGUUACGUGUGUGCUUAGGAGGGAAGAUCAUGAAAGGGACAGUUCUCAUAUGGAAGCUACUUUGUUUCACCUAUAUCCUAGCCUUAGUUAGACCCGUGCCGGAGAAGAUACCAAUCGGUGCUAUAUUUACUCCAGGCUCAGAAGAAAUGCAAACUGCCUUCAAUUACGCAAUAUCCUUUCAUAAUAAUAAUGAUUCUCAAGCUAGAUUUAAGGUGGAACCAGUUGUUGAAGUUUUAGAAAGCGAUGAUUCCUACAAGAUCGGUCAAACAUUGUGCUCACAAAUGGAGAGGGGUAUAUUUACAUUAAUAGCUCCAACAAGUGACCCCUCUUAUGACACAUUUGCGGCCUACUCAAAUAUGUUCCAGAUGCCGCUGGUCAGCCCUGCCUUUCCUCAACAAACAAGUUCCGAUAGGCCUUCUCAUCUAGGAGUAAAUCUCAGACCACGUUACCUACGAGCUAUUGUCGAUGUCAUCAAUUAUUAUAAAUGGAAAACGAUAAUUUAUCUCUAUGACUCCGAUAAUG